CGGCGCAGGCAAGGUUUAUGUCCUCCGGUGGCGGUCGGAAAGGCUUCCUUGGAGAGUUUCUGGACAAUCUCAAGCAGGAACUGACCAAGAGCAAGGAGAUGAAUGAGAACAUCAAGAAGUUUCGCGAGGAGGCCAAAAAACUAGAGGAAUCGGAAGCCCUCAAGCAAGCCAGGAGGAAAUAUAAAACCAUCGAGUCCGAAACAGUUAAAACUUCUGAAGUGUUGAAGAAAACACUCGGGACGAUAUCAGAGACGGUGAAGGAGGGUUUGGAAGAGGUCGGACGCUCAGACAUCGGAAAGAAAAUCAAAGAAGGCAUGGAGGAAGCGGCCAAAUCCGCCAAACAGUCGGCGGAGACGGUGUCUAAAGGUGGAGAAAAACUUGGAAAGACCGGAGCCUUUCGGGCGAUAUCACAGGGUGUGGAGAGCGUCAAGAAGGAGAUCGGUGACCUCGGACAGAUCGGCCCGUACCGGCCGCCCACCAGACUGAGGAAGAGGAGCGAUUUCUCAUCGAAGGCAGGAGGCGCAGAAGCCAAAGUCUUUGAGGCCAACGAGGAGGCGAUGGGUGUCGUGCUGCACAAGGACUCUAAAUGGUAUCAGCAGUGGAAGGACUUCAAGGACAACAAUGUUGUUUUUAACAGGUUCUUUGAGAUGAAGAUGAAGUACGACGAGAGUGACAACGCCUUAAUCAGAGCGUCCCGCGCCGUCACUGACAAAAUGACUGACAUCAUCGGCGGCUUGUUCUCUAAAACCGAGAUGUCUGAGGUUCUGACCGAGAUCCUGAAGGUGGAUCCGAACUUCGACAAGGACUCGUUCCUGAAGCAGUGCGAGCGGGACAUCAUUCCCAACAUCCUCGAGGCCAUGAUCCAGGGAGAGCUGGACGUCCUGAAGGACUGGUGCUACGAGGCCACGUACAGUCAGCUGGCUCACCCCAUCCAGCAGGCCAAAGCCAUGGGUCUCCAGUUCCACUCCAAGAUCCUGGACAUUGAUAACAUUGACUUGGCGAUGGGGAAGAUGAUGGAGCAAGGUCCCGUUCUCAUCAUCACCUUCCAGGCUCAGCUGGUGAUGGUCAUCCGUAACGUGAAGGGUGAAGUGGUGGAGGGCGACCCGGAAAAGGUUCUCAGGAUGAUGUACGUUUGGGCGUUGUGUCGAGAUCAGGACGAGUUGAACCCUUACGCCGCCUGGAGACUCUUAGACAUCUCCGCUUCCAGCACUGAGCAAAUCCUGUAAACAACGGCUUCCUCAAUGGGGACACGAGGGGAGGGAUCGGGAUCGGGGGCGUGGCUCAACUGGGGGCGGAGCCACACACAUUGGCUUGUUUUACAUAACUCCGCCCCUAGCGGUUUCUUCCAGAGCUCUACCACGAACCGCAGGGUUGUUCGCGAUGAGCCAAAAUGGCCGACGGUUGGACUCAACGCCAUUGGACCGAAUCCCCAUCAGUCUGAAAGACUAAGAGACUCGUUUUUGUUUGUGCGUAUUGUCCGUUUACCUGUUCUGGAAUGAACAUGUGAAGUCGAGUGGUUAUCAAGUGCCAUUCUACCAAGCUAUCAAUAACAAUGUGGAAGAAUAAUAAUUAUAAUAAAAGUACUUAAUUUCUAUUGUAUUGUAUCUGAAUAUAACUAAACCUCCCCAGGCAUCUUAAACCGAGAUACGGUCUGGAAUUGUUGCGACAAUGGUUGAUGUCUAUUUAUUAAAGAUUUGGUCCAGGUUAUGUAGUUUUAUCAAUUACAGAUUGUAUCUUUAAGAUCGGCCUUAACGUUUUC